AAAAGGAGAAAACAAAACAAACAAUUUGGGAUUCCAGCAGCCGCAAGCGCCUCUUCCGUGCUCAUUUAAAAGGGCAGCAAAUCUAGCAAAUUGCGAUUUCAGUUGAGUUGAGAAUUUUGUGAUUCGUCUGAAUGAAUGCAUUUUGGUUGAAACUGGAAUUUCACAAAAAGGGGCUUAGCUCUUACACUCGGUAGUGAUUUGCAGCCUCAACAAAGUUUUUCGAGAAAGUUUGACAGUGAACAAAGUAAAAAUAGGUUUUGGGAAAUCUCAAGCUUGAACCUAAUUGUAGUGUUUGAUUUGAAGUGAAGAUCAUUAGUGUUGAGUCUAAUGAAUCCAAGAACAGAGAAGCUGGUGAAAAGGCUCAUGAUUGUAGCCACUGUUACUACUUCCUAUUUUCUCCUAAUUGCUAACUAUGGUCCUAAAUCCAAUGUUGUUGACCUUCUGGGAACUGUUUUCUAAUUUUUAGCACAACUUGCAAAUCUGAAUCAAGCAACCGUAAAUCUAAAUCCCAAUCAAUUUCCACCCAAUUUCAUUCAAUUUAAUUUCGAUUAUGGCAAGCGAGGCCGUGUAUUCAGUGUGGGCGAUUCCACCGGAAGACGUCGACGUCAGAUGCGCCAACGUCAUGACCGCUCUCCGAUCUGACUUCGGCGGGCCCCACUUCCAACCCCACAUCACCCUCGUUGGAGCCAUCAAACUCACCGCCGAUGACGCCCUCGCCAAGAUCCGAUCAGCCUCCCAAGCCCUCAGGCCCUUCAACGUCACCGUCGACCGCGUCGCCACCGGCACCUUCUUCUACCAGUGCGUCUAUCUCCUCCUUCGCCCCGAUCUUCACCUCCUCGAAACCAGCGCCCACUACUGCACGCAUUUCGGCUACGCCAGCUCCACCCCUUACAUGCCGCACUUGAGUCUUCUCUACGGAGAUUUGAGCGAUGAGGAGAAGCAAAAGGCUCAAGAGAGGGUAAAUGCCAUUGAUAACGCACUCGCUGGGUUGACCUUUGAGAUAACUCGUGUUGCCUUGUACAAAACCGACACUGAAGACAAAACGCUCAAAUCUUGGGAGAAAAUUGCUGAAUGCACUCUCACUCCAAAUUAGCUUCUCAACUUCAAUGGCAGUACUUCUUGUUUCUUCAUUUCCGUUUUAUUCCCUCGUUCUUAUGCUGCUUGCUUUGCAAUUUCCAUAUUCAAUGCAGAAUAAUGAAGGCACUGAUACUUCAAAUAUUUAUCGUAUUCAGCCAUUCACAAGUGUAAAAUAACAAAACUAUAAAUGUGUUUACUGUCUAGUUUUUGUGGCCCAUGAUUGUGAAGCUAUUAAUCUGUAUAAGUUUUGUAGUGGCAACAUUAUUCACCCUUCUUCAAAGAUUGUAUUUUCACA